AUGAGGUUGAAAAUAUGGGAUGGUUAUUUAAAUAGUAGGAAAAUUAACUAAAUAUAGAACAAAGAAGAAGUAAUAGUGGUCAUUAUGUUUGAUGAUAGUAAACACAUUUUGGAAUUAGAAUUCCGGUGGGAAGAGAAAAUUAGUUUUAGAUCGAAAAGUACUUUAUGAAAACAUGUAAUUAUAACUAUAUUUUUAGAAUAAUCACUUCCUCCUUUUAGUAUCCUUUUAACUCUUGAAGGAUUUAGAUUAAAUGUGAUUUAAUACAGGGAUACAUAUGAAUUGAAAAUUAUUAAUAAGGAUUUCUCUCAUAUAUUUAACAAAAAUAACUUAAUUUGUUAAUUUCAAGUGAUAAAACAAGAGUGGCUUUCAAGAAUGACCAAAAUGAACCAAAAAUAAUUGUUUUAUGCAACCUUCAGACAAUAAUCCUGUUUUAAACAAUAACUUUCAAAAAAAUCCAGAGUCGAAUAUUGA